GGGAGGAGGGAGAAGAAGGAGUGAGAAUCUGCAGCUGCCGCACAGCUGGGCCGAACCAGCUGCUUCUGGGCGGGAUUUUGCAGGGUUUGGGUGGUGGCUUGUGGUCUGGCUUGGGCUUGGGGUCUGCCUCUGCCUCUGGUUCUGGCUGCAGCUCCCGCCGGGGCUCUGGCUUCGCAUCCUGCUGGUGCUCCUCAUGCAUGGCUCCACGGUCCCUCAGCCACGUUAUCUUGUUGCUGGGUGGUGCUGUGGCUGUGCUGGGCUCGGUGCUCUUCGUUGUAUGGAAGGCCUACUUCAGUGAUGGUAGCGGGCGGCGGCGGAGGCCCUGGUGGGAAGCAGAGCUGAGCCCCUAUGUGGGAGAGCUGAAUCCAGAUGAGCGACAGGUCCUGGUGCUAGGUCUGGAUGGGGCUGGGAAAAGCACCAUCCUGCACUGCCUCUCUGGCCAUAGAGCCAAAGAGCGAAUGGCUCCAACCUGGGGCUUCAAUUCUGUUCGGCUUCCCACGGAGAGCUUUCAGAUGGAUUUGCUAGAGGUUGGUGGUAGCCAGAAUCUGCGGUUUUACUGGAAGGAGUUCCUAAGCCAGGCUGAUGUGUUAGUGUUUGUGGUAGAUUCUGCUGACCGGCUAAGGCUACCCUGUGCUCGGCAGGAGUUGCAUAUGCUGCUGGCAGAAGAUCCUGACCUGCCUGUGGUUGUAGUAGCUAAUAAACAGGACAAGAGUGAGGCUUUGAGCGUGGCUCAGCUACAGCAAGAACUGGACCUGCAAGCCUUUGACCAGCGGGAGUUUUUCUUGCUGCCAGUGAGCAUUCCCCCAGCUGGGCCGGACUCUUCACCUCCCAGUAUUCACCACGUCUGGACACUGCUGUUGGACCUUCUCUCCCAAGCUUGACUGGAAAUAUACCUCCUGGGGUAAGGGCUGCCCACUCGUUUUCCCACAGCCCAGUCCUCCGGCAGAAGUUUACAUAACCUUCAGGAGAGGUGCUUUUUGGAAGAUCACUGAAAGCCUUAGAUUUGGAGUCAAGACCUGGAUCCCAAUCUAGUUGGUUAAUACUCAUUACUUUUAGGAAAGUCACUUCACCUCAUGGGCUUGUGUCCUCAUCUAUAAGAUGAGGGGUUGGUCCAAAGUGGUUCUUUCCAGGUUUAAAAUCCUGGACCUGGAUCCUAAAAUCAUAAUCCUGGUGCUCAGAGAAAAAGAAUUUAGGAGCCUGGAUAAGCUCAAAUAGAUUCUUUUGACUUCCUUUUCCUUAAAGUCCUGAGUUAAUCUGGGCUGAGGAAAGAAAUUCCUUCUCUGCCUACUGAAUCUGGGAUGGCUGGGGCAGCAGUCACUUUCUAGGGAGCCUCAGAGUAAGCAGCCCUUUUAAGCUCUGCUCUCAGGCCACCCAGUGGCUGUUAGAAUACUUGCCUACAGUGCCAAACCAUCUCAUACAUGAAGUGGUUUAUUAAUGACAAUAUAGCAUAAUAGGAAAAAAAAAAACCCACAACACUGAAGUCAGAAGAAUUGAACUUGAAUUUACUCUGUUAUUAAUGACCCUUGCAAUUGCAAGUAAAUGAUUUCCAUUUCUUGAGCCCGUUUCAUUUCUGCCUGGCAUGGGGCAGGGGGCCAAAAGAACAGUCCUUCCCUCUCUCCCCCACCCCCAGUCUCUUAUCACCACCUUUCAUCCCCCCAAUCUCAUAAAGCCAUGGUAAGGCUCCAAGAUCUUGGUGCUACUUGCCUCACAGGGUUGUGGUGAGCAAAGCAUUUUGUGAACCAUAAAGCACCACAGAAAUAUAAAACUAUUGUUUUUAAUUCUUGAGGAAGCAUGGCAUAAUAGGUAAGAGCUAAUCCAGGGAGUUAGGAAAACCUGGAUUCAAGUCUUGCUUUGGACUGAUAGUACCUAAGGAGCCUGAGUUAUGCUACUUGGCUUUUCUUGGAUUACAAAUUACGGAUGGUAAAUUUCCAAACUGGCUUUUUUUCACACUACUGAAACUAUAGGGGCUGGUAUCCCCAAUUUUUUUAGAUUAGCAUUGUAUUAUUCACCGUUUGCUUCAUGGACUGCCACAAAAAUGGAUGAGGAAAGGCCAACAUUUCGUCCAGUAAUGCUGUAUCAUGGAAUGCCACAUUUAGUACCAGUGACCCAAAGAGUAGUGAAGAGAUUGACUAGUGACGUGGCAAGUGCACAAAAAAAGUUUUGUAUCACCAAUGGUGAACUUGAAGAAUGAUAUGGAGUCUGCUCUGGAGAACAAAUGACUUGAAGCGGGCUGUAAAUGGAACAAAGGUGGAAGAUAAGUAUAGCCAUAGCAUGCAACAUAUUAAAAGAAUUUUAAAAGACCUUCAGCACCCUGGGCAGAGCAUCUACAGAUGAUGUGAGCAUGUGAGAUGGCUGCCACUCAUCAAUAGGUUGAAAUAUGGAGCCGUGGAGGCAGCACUCGUGCCAAGGAGAUGCUAAUUCAGUGUUUCACAGCCUUGACUAUCUUUAAGGUCUCAGGAUUUGACUUGAUUGCCAAGUCCUUUUUUCCCACAGCUCCUGGAGGCAAUGAUACCAAUGGUUCCCAUAUUGUCACUUCUGGACUCUAGCCCUGGCCUACUGUCAGUAACAUGUUUGCAGAUCCUCUUCUAAAGUAAACUCUAUUUCAUUGAGAUUAACAUUGAGGAUAUGUUCUACAAGCAGUAUCUGCAGGUUCUGGGAAGGAGACUGCCAAGUUCUAAGCUUAUUUGCUUCCUGAUCUAAAGUCAGGGAGAAGAGUUAACAUUUGUGGGACUAAUAGGCAUUUUCCUUAGGUCCAUCACUGUCUUGUGACCCUGCCCAGACCUGACUUCUCUCCAGUCCCCUUCCUCAAGGCCAUGACACUCCAAAAUAAGCACAAACUGUUCCUAAGAUGGAGAACAUGGAGGCAGGUACUGGGCAGUGAACUGAGUUAGAAGCCCUUGGUUUUAACUGUGCUACUGCCACCUUGGCUAAGCCAUGUCCCCACUGUAAAAUAAAAAGGGCACAGUUGAUCUCGGAGAGUCUACUCAGCUUUCACUUCUUGUAUUGCAUGUUCUUAUAGGCUGUCACAAAGUUAUCGAUGUGCUAUUAAUUCUGCAUAAGCUCUCAGGGGCAGAAAACUGUUUAGGGAAACCAACCUAUCAGACUGCAGGGCUGGGCUUGAGCUUCAGUCUAACAUCUCCAUUUUAAAGGAAGCAAGCCCAAAUUCCAGACUCAGUCCUGUUUUCUGGCACUGUUGUUCACAGAUUGGAAGGUCAGCAUGGUCAGGAAGGGAAGAUGACCCAAACUGUGGAUGUCAUUAUUGUAAUAACCUUUCCCAAAAGGUCAAGGGAAGAGUUCUGCUAGUUUUUUAACAUCUUUAAAGGCUGUAAAAGCAUUAUUACUCUAAUGGCAUCAACUGUUAAUAGAAUUGCAGGGAAUAUAAAAUCUGAACUGGCUCUCUACUACCAUGCUGGCACUUUCAGGGAUCACAAACAAAUUCAUUAAUUCUACUAAACAUCAAGUGUUCCAACAGUAUAAGUUUUAGUAUAUUCAUGCCAAUGUUCCCUUUAAGCAGUUAAUCAUAUUGGAAUAUGGUUAAAGGAUAAAAAUAAUUUUUACUUGUAUGGGAGUAAAGAGGCUUGGAUUCUUGUCUGAGCUUUACCACUAAUUGUACAUGUGAUACCAGACAAGUCACUUCCUUGUGUUUGGGACCCAUCUGUGAAAUAGGUUAGACCCAGUUGAUCUUUAGGUCCUUUCCAGCUGUCAAAAUGCUCUGGUUCUAAUUGCUUCUCUAUGGUCACUCAUAUGCUGACAUAUGAUAUAAAACUAGUUUUAUAGGUAACGGGGGAAAAAAACUAAGCAUGGGCCACAUCAAAUAAAGUUUUGAUUUAGUUCUCUACUCUCCAUUAGGAAAAACAUCCAAUUCCCUUGCUUUUUAGAUUUAGGAGGAAAAAAUUGGGUGGGGGGAGGGGGAAGAAGGAAAAUUAUUUGAUAAAUCCAAAAGUAACAAAAAUAAACUUCAAUUUCAUAAUCCAGCUAAAUUAGAGAAGCAAAAGUGAGAUAAGAAUGAAAAGCUUAAUAAGUUUGAAGAUUGUGUCCUACUGUCUACUUUUAUCAUAGGCAAAAAUUAUGAUUGCCCUGCAAAAUUCUAAUUAGCUAUCCAGUCACUUAAAUAAAGUCUUGUUUCCCGUGUAAUCUUAAGGUUAAUUUAGUGUGGCAAGUAUUAAGGUUUUGGAAAUGUCCUUUGCUAUUUUAUAGAGGUAUCUAGAUCCUUUUUAAAAGCAUCAAAAAUGAUUCCCUAACAUCCCUUGCAUCUAUGGACUACAACUUCCUUAUCUUGUAAGUAAAUAUUGUAUUUAGAACUAGCAUUUAUCUUAAGACUUUGCAAACACUUUUCUCCCCACCAAAAAAGAAAAAAUCACACUGAUUUGGGAUCAAUUAGAAAAUUUAAAAAAAAAGCUUCCUUGGAAAUAAGUUUUCAAGACUAGUGCUACAAAUAAGACAGAAGCUGCUGGGAACUGUUACCUGGGCUAGAGGGUUGUCAAUCAGAAUCAUCUCUUUUUGAGAUGUGAGUUGGAUUAUAAAGGUCUCCUCCCAUUUCAAAACUAAUCAUCAUGCUUCACAAUGGAGAUUAUUAUAUUAACAAGUCCUUUUCUCAACUGGUACCCAAUAGGACAAAAUAAGAACAUAAACAUAGUAUUUGCUAAGGACUCUUUACUACCUUGUUAUUUCUUUCUUAGUUAUUACUGGGCAAUAAUUUUUCUCACCCAAGUCUGACCCUAUGGAACACAACUCUAAUUUAUGAGUCUGCUAUAAACACAACUCUGGCAACUCAGCUCCUUUUACUACCUCAAUUCCAUGCAAAUAGCACCAACUCUAUUGACUCUGAAUUCUUGGGAGUUCCAAUCCAACCUACACAUGCAUGAUCCCUUCUCUGACCCUAAAUUUACUUGGGGUUAGAUGAGAGCUACAUUGUUGAGAUCUUAAGUCCAGUGAGUCUGUGUCUUUUGAUUUUUGUAACUAUAAAAAAAAAAAGCCUCGAG